AUGACCAUGUCAAAUGUUGUAAUGUCGUCACCACAGAGGACAGGCGCGUCGCUGAGAAAAACGAAUAAACCACUGAUGGAAAAGAGGAGGAGGGCAAGAAUUAAUGACAGUCUCAGCCAGUUGAAGUCUCUAGUCAUUCAGAGUAACAAGAAAGAUAGUUCCCAGUUCAACAAACUGGAGAAGGCAGAUAUACUAGAACUGACAGUGAAGCAUCUCCGUAACCUGCAGGAGCAGCAGCAACAGUUGUCUCAAGUCAAUACUGAUGUUAAUUUAGCUGGCAAAUAUCAAGCUGGCUUCGUGGAGUGUGCCAAUGAAGUCAUCCACUACUUAGGUCAGUCUCAAGGAUUCACUGACGACCUCAAGUCUCGUGUUGUACAUCAUCUCGCCAGCUGCCUCCAGCUCUCCGGGAAACUCCCCGUUGCCCUGACCAACACUUCUGUGGCCAGUCCCCCAGUUCUGCCUGCUGGACACAACAACAAUAAUCAGCUUGUGAGUGGACAGAUAGUGCAAGUGGUCAGUGGACAGUUUGCCAACACUAAGCCUGCUGUUGCUAGCAGCUUUCCUGCAGAUGUAACUGUUUCUAUAGCUCAGCGUACCUCAGUUUCAUCAGCCCCGACAAACAUUCCAGCCACCAUUGCGACAACCACCACAACCACUCCUUCAUCUGAACCCUACAAUGCUCUGAAAUACACUCAGCCACUGCGGAUUCAGAUUCCUUCAGUGGUGUCCCCAAUCUUCAUCCAAGCAAAGACAGCGCAGCAGCCAUCAAACCAGUCCAACGUGGUGUACAAAUUCAACGAUGUAGCUGCACAAGUCGUCAAAGUCCAAGCCCUGCCUUCACAGGUCAGCACACAGAUGUCCAGCCACAAACAAGAAACAUUUAUGUCAUCACACCCAUCCACUUCCCCCUCCAGAGACAGAUCUCUCUCGCCAGUUCCUCUCACCACAUGUCGGAAUUCCCACAGAUUCUACACACUUGACUCCCAGUAUUCUGAUUUCAUCCCAAGAUCGAGGACAUACUCUCUAACAUCCUCUUCAUCAGAAACAGAAAUGUCCUCACCUUUGAACUUGUCUCAGUCCCCACAGUAUUAUGACCACAGAGAGCUUAACUCUGACUACCCUAACUCAUUCUGUAAACAAAUACCCCAGACAUCCGUCCACUCAAAUACAAUAUCCAGCACUCAUCCAGCAACCAAAGACAGACUCCUCUUACCCGUGAGCCCAUCCUCCAAGAUGACAUCCGUGAUUGUUGAUGGCAGAAAGACAGCUGAGAGCCACUAUAUGAAGUACAUGCACUACAUCGAUGAAGAUCAGCAUUUCAAUAGUCACCAGGGCUCUACAUCUCCAGCAUCAUCCGUGGGGGAGGAGAGGCUGUGGCGGCCAUGGUGA